UUUUUUUUCAGAAAAAAUUUCUUUUUUAACAGCAUCUUUUGUUCCCUUGUGGCAUGCAAUAUUUGAGACAAUAACUAUUUACAACAAAUUAUGAUUAUCUUUAAAAGUAUAUUAUUAAUACAUAAAUAUACUAUUAUUACACAUAAUUCAAGUAAUGCAAAAGUCAAGUUCAUUUGCAAGCAAAAGUGAAGUGUCACAACUCAGGUUGCAGUUGAUUAAUGCUUGCCUUAAAAAAGAUGCUAAUGGCACUAUAAAUGCAUUAAAGCAAAUAGUUGUUUGCAUGACUCAAUCUGUUGAUGUUACCUCCCUACUACCUGAUAUAAUCAGAGAGGCAUGCGCAACUACAAAUUUGGUCCAAAAGAAACUUGUUUAUUUGUAUAUAUGUACAUGUGCAGAAUCUAAUUCAGAUUUGGCUUUACUUACUGUAAACACCUUAGUUAAAGAUGCAAUUAAUGAUGUUAAUCCUAUGGUCAGGGGGUUAGCACUAAGAAGCAUGACAAGUAUGAGAAUAAGCAAUUUGGUUGAGUACAUAAAGCAACCUCUUUUGUCUGGAUUAAGAGAUUCUAGUAGUUAUGUAAGAAGAAAUGCUGUUAUGGCAUGUGCUAAAUUAUUUCAACUUGAUGAAAAUGUUUUUAAAGAUUUGGGUCUUAUCAAUAUUUUAAAAGAUAUGCUAUUUGAUGAUGACCCACAGGUUUCUGCUAAUGCUUUUUUUGUCUUGGAUGUUGUUCUUGAUGAUUCUGAUGCUACAUUGCUGCAAUCAGAAAUUCUCUUUUUUUUCUUCGAAAGAAUAACAUUGUAUAAUGAAUGGUCACUAUGUAUGCUUUUUCAGCGAUUUUCAAAAUAUAAACCAAAAGAUGAAGAUGAAGGCUUAAAAAUUUUAAACAUAUUGGAUUCGUUUUUGAAACAUAGAAAUCAUGCUGUCAUAAUGGCCACUGUUAAUAUAUUUUUACAAUUUUCAACUCAACUGGAUUUCAUUAAAAGUGAUAUAUUUGAAAGAAUAAAAGCACCCAUUCUAUCUAUAAUUUCAAUAUCUUCACAUGAAGUCUCUUUUUCUGUGCUCAACCAUGUGUCUGCUUUGUUGAAAAUGAGACCAAGAAUGUUUUGUAAAGACUAUAAGGUGUUUUUUUUAAGAAACAACGAGCCUACAUACUUGCAAUUAAAAAAGAUUGAAAUUUUAACUAAGGUUGUCACUGAAGGAAAUAUGAAUGAAAUUUUAGCUGAACUAAUAGAACACGCACAUGAUGUAGACACUGAGGUUUCAUAUGCAUCUGCAAAAGCCCUUGGAAGCAUCUCAUUGAAUUUUCCAUUUACAACUCAACCAUGCUUAAACUCAUUAGUAUCUCUUUUAAAACUGGAGGUUGAUUAUAUUACUGCAAAUUCUAUUGAAGUUAUUCAAGAUAUUUUGUCAGAAAAUGUAGCCACGGAUUUUUUUAUUUUGCCUGAAUUGGAUAGAGUAUGGGAUCAGGUUCAAAAUUUUUCACUUGGUAAAGCAGCAAUUAUUUGGAUUUAUGGAGAGUUUGGUCAGAAUAUUGACGUUGCCCCAUAUAAUUUGGAGACUUUGGUGGAUCAUAUUGAAGAUGAAAACUGUUUGUUGGUUAAAUUAAAUCUACUGACUGCUUUAGUCAAACUCUUCCUCAAAAGACCCCCUGAAUGCCAAAAAAUUUUAGGAAAAUUUUUAAAAUACUGCAUUGAGUCUGAGAUAAAUUUUGAUAUCCGAGAUAGAGCAAAAUUUUAUAUUUCUAUUCUGGAAAGCAGUGUUGAAGAGGCUCGUAGGAUUGUUUUAUCUACCCCGCAAUCAAUCAAAAAUGUUGAUGCCAGUAUUUCUAAUUAUUUCUAUGAACAAGAUUUUCUAUUCGAACAGUUUAAUACACUAUCAGUUAUUUACAAUAGAUCGAUGACUUCCAUUUCUGAAGAAAAAAAAGCCUACAGUUCUGAGACAUCUGUUUUGCAAAAAAAUAUUCUAGUUGCUGACCUCUUAGGUGUAGAUGAUAAAAAAAUCUCUCUUUCUGAAGAAGAUUUCUUAGAUUGUAAAUCAUUUGAAGAAAUAUGGAAGUGCUUAAAAUAUAGUGAAAAUUUUGAAAAAGAGUUUUCUGUUUGUCCCUCACAUGAAGAAAUUAUUUCUAUCAUGAAAGCUGCAUGUAUACAUAAUAUUGCUUUCAGUCCUAAAGAAUCAAAUAAUUGGAAGUUUUUUUUUUAUGCUCAAGAGAAUAUUACCAAGAAAUUAAUUUUUAUGGAGAUAGUUGUCCAACGAUUGAAGAGAAUCUCAGAAGUCACGAUCAAGAGUGAUAAUGAGCUUACUUUACGCGACUUCGUAUUGCUUUGUAGAAGGAUUUUAUAUGAAAAAUUAAAUAUUUAAAUGUAUUUGUAAAAAUAAACAAGAAAUAAGAACGGUUUCUAAAAUUAA